AUCUCCGGCGGAGGAGGAAACGCUUCUUGACGAAACUAACACUAUAAGUUUGACAAAUAGUAUGUUCAAAAAGGGAAUGCAUGUCUACGACGACGACGACAAUUUAGUCGAAGUGACGUUUGAGGAUUAUAGCAUGGUUGAAGAAAUAACGAACGAAACCAUAAGUGAACGCAUUCUUUUCUAUCUGUACACAAGGAAAAAUCCUAACCACCCCCAACUGAUUUACGUCGACGAUGAGGAGAGUAUAAAUAAUAGUAACUUCGACCCGGAGAAACCAACGCGCAUAACAACUCACGGAUGGAUGAAUUCCUACAAAAGUUCUGCGUGCCGCUUGAUAAAGGAUGCUUACUUGAAACACGGCGACUACAACGUCAUCGUUAUCGAUUGGAGUAGCAUCUCUUUGGGGCCGUAUUUGUUGGCUAGCAGACGGGUAAAGACGGUCGCACUUUAUGUCUCCACCAUGCUCAACUUUCUUAACGAAAAAGCAAAAUUGAAUUUCGACGAGACCAUAAUUUGCGGACAUUCUCUCGGCGCCCACGUAGCUGGACUGGCCGCGCGCAACUGCAAAGGCAAAAUCGGUUACGUCGUCGGAAUGGAUCCAGCCCAACCCUUUUUCAUGUUAUCCCCUCCUGGAGAAAGGAUAUCGGACAGUGAUGCGAAAUACGUGGAGAUUAUUCACACAAACGCUGGUUUUCUUGGUUUAUUCAAGGCCGUCGGUCACGUCGACUUUUAUCCUAACGGAGGAACUAAACAAAGCGGCUGCGUUCUGGACAUCGGCGGCGCGUGUUCCCAUUCGCGCUCGUUCAGGUUCAUGGCCGAGUCCAUCAACAGCGAUACAGGGUUCUACGGGGUACGAUGCAACUCUUACGCGCUAUACUUGGCAGGCUUAUGCAAGAAGAAUGUACUGGCGAUAAUGGGCACUCUCCAAAAGAACUUUGACACGAGAGGUAGCUACUACUUGUCGACUAAAUCGACGUCGCCGUACGCGCAAGGGAAGUAACUUCCGGAACGUACCGAUCUGUAAAAGAGUUGCUAAUUCACGUAGCAUCUGUCGUCAUAGCGAAGAUCUCGCCUCCUCAAUUCAUCGCAGCAACGGGAGAUCCGCGCCAGGCUAAACUCGUUCCUCUCAACGAUCGAUCGGGCGCGUUCGCCGUGCGUAAUUGCGUUUCCGUCCGCAGCGGCUGUCUCAAGCGCGUCCGUCGUCACUUUCGUCCCGGGUAUUUUUACACCGUCUGAAUCUGACUAUCGGAGAGCGUCGAUACCCCGUUACUUAUCGCAGGCGCCGGGUGAAAUGAAAGCAGUACGGCGGUUCUCCUCAUCGUCGACCUAAUUCUCCGCGGCGCGUAAACGCGAGCGCAAGACGUAUUUUGCGUCUCGCAUGACGCAUCGUUACGUUUCAUCGGAAAUGCAAAAUAUAUGGAAGAACCGGGGGUUAUAAAUGCAAGCCAAGUAGCGUUAAGUACGCGUAUCAAUUUCCCUACGCUGUCUGUUCCUCGCAGCGGCAAGAAUGCCUCUCUCUCUCUCUCUCAGUACACACGCGCAAACAUACAUCGGGGAGAUACGCGGCCUCUUGAAACGCGAAUCGACUCGAACCAACCCCGCGGAACCUUAGCCGCGGUGCAUUAAAUUUUAUCGUAAUAUUUCCCGUGUAUAUCGUGCGCAUAGCAACAAAGAUAAUAAGGCGAUGUGGAAAACAGUUGGAUUAAAGCACGCGCUGAAUUUUAGGCUCCGGGCUGUUUCGAAUAAACACAGACGUGGAUAUUUAUCAUUUUGGUAUAAUGCACGGAGAGAUAAAGCCGAAAAAGAAGGAAAGGGCGAUUUUGCAAAGAGAGUCCGCUCGGGUUUCCUUCGUCGAAUAAUUUUAGCGUAGAUGCGAAUGACGUCGCUCGCAGAGCCGACGACAAUUACGACCAAUCUGUGUAAAUGCGCGAAUUGCAUAGUUGCCGUUGCCGCGAAACAAAAAUGCGACCGACCGAACGAUUUCGCGUCGCGGAUCUCCGAUGCUAAACAUCGAAUAUUUUAUCGUGAGAUUAACGCUGCAAUGAAAUAUGAUAAUAUC